AUGUCAAGUCGUUUCAUAGUGACUUUGUAUGAUAGAGAUAAGUCUGUGUUCACUGUCUCCAAAACCACACCUAUUGGGUCCUUCUCACUUGGUAGUUACAGAGUGUCACUUAGAGCUCAGACAUGUGAUUGCGGAUAUUUUCAGGCACUUCAUUAUCCUUGCUGUCAUGCCUUAGCAUGUUGUGCGUAUUCACGGCUCAGUUGGCAGCCCUAUAUGCAUCAAGUGUAUCGCCUUAGCUCGGUGUUCAGCAUGUAUCGGAUGGGAUUCACCCCUCCAGUCCCUGAGGGUUUUUGGCCACCAUAUGAUGGACCCACAAUCAUACCGGAUCCCUCCAAAAGGCGUGCGACUGAAGGACGUCCCAAGACCACCAUGAUUCAGACUACCAUGGACGAGGCUGACCCAAACAGACCCAAGAGAUGUGGGGGUGGCCUAGACGGUCCUGCGCCAGCCUGUGGGGCAACAGUGUAG